AUGGCGCCGUCACUCCCGCCUCCGCCGCUGAUCGAAGACGUCACCGACGAGAUCCUCCUCCGCCUCCCGCCGGACGAGCCCGAGCACCUCUUCCGCGCCGCCCUCGUCUGCAAGACGUGGCUCCGCACCCUCUGCGACCCUGGCUUCCUCCGCCGCUACCGCACCUUCCACGGCACCCCUCCCCUCCUCGGCCUCCUCCACAGGCUCCAGGUCCUCGAAGGACCCCCCGCGCGUCGCUUCGCCUCUACCACAUCGGUGCCGGACUUCCCCCACCCGAGCUCCGGCGACCCCUGGGAGCGCGCCCUCGACUGCCGCCACGGCCGCGUCCUCAUCUAUAUGAGGACGGACGACAAUGCGGACUACCUCGUCUGGGAUCCCGUCACGGGCGAGCGCCACGGCGUGCCCUCGCCGGACAUCGAUUGGCUCAUCGAGUCUGCGGUGGUGCUCUGUGCCGCCGACGGCUGCGACCACCUCGACUGCCACGGCGGCCCCUUCCGCGUGGUCUUCGCGGCCACCCACGACUACAAAGAUACCAUAUUUGCGAGCGUCUACUCAUCAGAGACGGGUGUGUGGAGCGUGCCAGUGUGUCUUGACAAGAGCUGUGAAGUCUUUGCCCAGCAUAUGCGAGAGGGGCUUGCAGACAGACCAUACUACACGCCCUAUCUCCAGCCUAGGCGAGGCACCCUUGUUGGAGAUGCAGUCUACUUCACAGUUCGGUGGGGUAAUCCAAUCGUCAAGUAUGACUUGGGCAAGAAUUGCUUAUCCAUGAUUGACCCACCGGCAGAGGACGUCUACUACGUUUCCCUCAUGGUGAUGGAGAACAGUUCACUGGGCUUUGCCUGCACUCGGGAUUCCAGCCUUCGUAUGUGGUCAAGGAAGGUGGAUACAGAAGAAGCUGCUGACUGGGUACAAUACAGGGUCAUUGAGCUGGAGAAAACAAUUCCUGUUGCCAAUCCUGAUGACAUACCAGUUGUGGUCGGCUUUGCGGAGGGUGUCAGUGUCAUCUUCAUUAGCACAUGUAUUGGCUUAUUUAUGAUCAAGCUCAAGUCAGGGUUGGUUAGGAAGGUUGGCGAGUCUGGGGUCUACUUUAGCGUCCUACCCUACAUGAGCUUCUACACUCCAGAUCGUGGCAGAUUGUUGUCGCUGGCAAGGACUAACUGA